GCUGUGCCCUAAGACCAUAAAGCCUUGCAGAUGCAGAACCAGGAGGAGGAUUAGCGGGACAACGUCGGAUUAGGCGUUUGGGUAGCAGGACAAAAAAAAUGAGCAAGCCGGAGUCAAUAACCUCUUGCUUGGCCAAAAUGUACGAGAGUAAGUUGGACCAAGGGCCUGGAAAAUCCCCGGUCAAGCCUCCCGGACUGGCCAACAACACGGACAGCAAGCUGAACCUCCUCAACGAGAAGGUGGACAAGCUGCUACACUUUCAGGAAGACGUCAUGGGCAAGCUGGAAAUGGUUUCUCACGGUAUGGACCUGCUGGAACAAGGGAUUGAUAAACUCUCAGCCUCUCAUGGACCCAACCCAAAAGCAGACCCGGAGAAUGUCGGACAAAGCAGCUUCUCGGAAUUGAUACGACUCCUCAAAAUGUUACACGAAGAAUCGGUUGUCCACCAGGAGAAACUAGACGGCCUGGAGAAGAUGAUGGCGACGAUGGACAAGGUGGUGGCGUUCGUGGGGAACACUCUCAAAAGCUCUAAGAUUGUGGAUUUCGUUCUGAAGGGGACUGUUCCCUGGAAGAAGAAGGAGGAGGCCAAAGAUGACUCGGAGGAGAAGGAAAGCAAACCGAAGCACGUCCUGGCCAGCAGAGGAUCACAGAUCGACGUGCAGAGACCACCAGCAACCCCACAGAAGAGCAGCAGCACAGAAGGCAGAAGACUCGGCCACAAGACAGCUCGGUGUAGCAGUCACCAUACCAAAGCCGACUCUACCGAUGUUCAGACUUUAGAUAUACCUCAGCAACCUGACAGCUGUCAUAUUGCCAAACCUUGGGCACAGAAAGUGGCCGGAGAGCUACCAGGAGAGAAAAGUGCCCCAUCAGAUCCAGAUGCCCAGUAUAUAAAACCUUCCCUCCCCCCAGCAGCAGACCAGAAUUCCAAACUCCAAGAACCUAAGCAGAUCGUUGAGGAACCUGGAGGAGAUCCCGGUCUCCUUACUCAAAAUCACAUUUCUGCAACAUGCCCGCCAGCUUUAAAAGGCCCUCUCCAAAGGAAAAGCACUUGUUCCCAGACCGAGGAGAUGAGCAGAACAGAACCAGAAAAUAAACCAAAGUCAGACGUGAAUACGCCAGCGUCGGCACCACAGACAGCCCACAUUACAAGUAAGGACAAGAAGACAUCCUCUGCUACCCAAACUGAGGAGCCCGUGCCAACCCAGGAGAAGGCCCACACGGACCUAAAACAAGACAAGGGAGUGAAGGGAGCAGUAAAACACAGCCUAACAGAACUGGUUAAAAAGGACUGUGGUUCUGUCCCAACUCCCGGUCAAACUCCUGUCACGAAACCACCAGAAGACACGAGGAAGGCUCUGGAGGACUCGUCCCUCCAUGUUAUAGAUGACUGCCCGCCGCCCCCUGCACCUUUCAACCACAGGAUAGUCAGCAUUAAGCAGGCCAUAUUAUCAUCGUGCUACACAGUCUGCCAGCAUGAAGUCCUCGGGGGCGGACGCUUUGGUCAAGUCCACAAGUGUGUAGAGAUUUCCUCCGGACUGCGACUCGCCGCCAAAAUCAUUAGAGUUAAACCGCCCAAGGACAGGGACGAGGUGAAGAAUGAAAUUAAUGUCAUGAACCAGUUGAACCAUGUGAACCUGAUACAGUUGUAUGAUGCCUUCGAGUGCAAAAAUGACUUGACCUUGAUCAUGGAAUACUUGGACGGCGGGGAAUUAUUUGACCGGAUCACCGACGAGAACUUCCACCUGACAGAACUAGACGCCGUAAUGUUCACCAAACAGAUCUGCGAGGGGAUCUACUACGUGCACCAGCAGUAUAUACUCCACCUAGACCUGAAGCCUGAAAAUAUUUUGUGUGUCAGCCGAACUGGAAACCAAAUCAAAAUUAUCGAUUUCGGACUAGCGAGAAGGUACAAGCCAAGAGAGAAGCUGAAGGUGCAUUUCGGAACCCCGGAGUUUUUGGCCCCAGAAGUGGUGAAUUACGACUUUGUGUCCUUCCCGACCGAUAUGUGGAGCGUGGGGGUCAUUACCUACAUGCUACUCAGCGGACUGUCUCCAUUUCUGGGAGAAAGUGACGCAGAAACCAUGAACUAUAUUGUCAACUGCAACUGGGACUUCGACUCGGAGGCAUUCGAUCAGGUGUCCGAAGAGGCCAAAGACUUCAUCUCUGGGCUUCUGGUCAAAGAAAAGAGCUGUAGACUGAGCGCCGGACAAUGCCUAAAACACGAGUGGCUGAUAAAUCUGCCCCUAAAAGCCAAGAAAUACAAAGUUCGCUUGAAGUCUCAGGUCAUGCUUCAAAAAUACUUGGCCCAGAAGAAAUGGAAAAAACAUUUCUACGUGGUCACGGCUGCCAAUCGCCUCAGGAAGUUCCAGCUGCUUUCACCCAAACCUUCCUAGAACGAG